AUGAAUCACCCGGGUGAUCUGCAGAGAUCUUUAAACCUCAUCCGUGCCUCAUUUCCCUUUUAUUUUUCAAAAACUCUGUCAGGCUUUGUUUGCAUGUACGAGACACUCAUGGUCAAUGAAGAACUUCUUCUAACGUUCUUUAUUGACUUCGACUGGCGAAUGGAUUCGAACAGCUUCCGAACGAGAUACCAUUGUCCAGGUGUUACAUUUCUACGCUUUUCGUUUGAAGAAGAGCUAGAAGAUUUCAGACGCGUUGCGGCUCCUUGGGUUGAGCUCUGCUCAAUCCAUUUCUGGAAGUUUGAGGCAAGUUUCAACUUGAAUUGUGACGGAAUGUUCUCCGUUGAUUGA